UGUCAAAGUGGAAAUGUCGAGAUUAGAGAUUAGUCAUCGACUUCAGGUUAUGACAUGAUGCAAAGCAUUAGCCUAAUUCCCGAACCAAUAAUUAAAAUUGCGGAAUAAGUAAAAAAGAAGACAAACCCGCUUGACAAGAGGAAUGACUUUAUGUUAAAAAAUAAAACAAAAUAACAACUUGCGGAACCGAAAGAGUGACGAGUAAGGGAUUGGAUUAUACCAACAGAGAUGCCUGGGCUAGUGGUAUUCGGGAGGCGCUGGGGACUCGCUAGCGACGAUCUGGUGUUCGCAGGGGCUUUUGAAUUGUUCAUUCGGAUAAUAUGGUGGAUUGGUAUAUUGGUUCUAUACGUCAGAAAUAAAGGGCAGUUCAUAUGUCCUGGAGAAGGGUUACUGCACAGCUACCUGAUCGUUCUUCUUAUUCUUCUGGCAGCAAUCAUAUUAACACUGUCUGCUGUUGUGUAUGUCAGUAUGCAAGGUUCAAUCUCAAACCCUGGCCCCAGGAGGUCUAUCCCUGCCCUCAUCUACAUCCGCACCCUUCUGUAUGUGCCUGAGCUAGUCUGGGCUGUCUUAGGAGCUGUGUGGGUGUCUGAUGACAGUCCAGGCUGUGAUAAAUCUGCGGUGAACACGGUGAUUGGGGCGGUGGUGGUGAGCUGGAUCAUCCUGUUCUUCACUGUGGUCGCUGUGUUGAUUGUAUUUGACCCGCUGGGCAGCAAGAGGCAGGGGUACCUCGACAGCCAUGGGGAUCGCGACCUGCAAAGCAGCGAGUCAGCUCAGCUGAUGUACAGGGCACGCUCGCUGGCUGCGCGGGUGUGGGAGAGCCGCAUCAAGCUGAUGUGCUGCUGCAUCAUGCAGGAGAAAGACAACCGCGCAGCCUUCUCCAGCAUCGGCCAGCUCUUCAGUGAGUUCUUCUCGGAUACUGACCUGGUUGCCAGUGAUAUUGCUGCCGGCCUGUCUCUCCUGCACCAGGAGCAGGACAAAUUGGAAAAGAGCCGGGACCCAGAGGAGGUGGUGGUGUCCCCCAGCCCAGCCUCUCACACGAGAGAAGAUUUGGAUAUAGAGUUGGAGAAUGCUGCUCACUACAUGCAGUUUGCAGUGGCUGCCUACGGGUGGCCGUUGUAUGUGUUCAGCAACCCUCUGACUGGGGUCUGCAAGCUUAGCAGGGAUUGUUGCAGGAGCAGAUCUCCAGAGUAUGAUAUUGUGGACGGAGAUCACGUCGGGUGCCACUUCACAUCCAUGCUGUACACCACCGGCCUGCAGUACAGAGACUUCAUCUACAUCAGCUUUCACAACAAGAUCUACGAGAUCCCUUUCUUCGUGGCUCUGGAUCACAAGAAGGAGGCUGUGCUGGUGGCAGUCAGAGGAACUCUGUCUCUUAGAGAUGCUCUGACAGACCUGUCUGCUGAUUGUGAAAACUUGCUUCUUGAAGGGGUUUCUGGACCCUGCUAUGCACAUAAGGGCAUCAAGCAAGCAGCCAACUACAUUUACAAGAAGCUUAUAAAUGAUGGUAUUUUAAACCAGGCCUUCACCAUUGCUCCUGAGUACAAGCUGGUUAUCACUGGCCACAGUCUGGGAGCAGGGACUGCCGCAGUGCUUUCAAUCCUACUCAGGAGUGCCUUCCCGCUGCUAAAAUGUUAUGCCUUCUCUCCACCAGGGGGCCUCCUUAGCAAACCCCUUGCAGAUUACUCAAAGGAAUUCAUUGUGUCUGUUGUGCUUGGGAAGGACCUCAUUCCAAGGUUAAGUAUUCCCAAUAUGGAGGACCUGAAGAGAAGAAUACUCCGAAUGGUUGCAAACUGUAAUAAACCAAAGUAUCAGAUCCUGUUGAGAGGCUGUUGGUACGAAGUGUUUGGGGGAAACCCUGACGACUUCCCCACAGAGCUGGAGAGCCAGAACCCACAUGGCCUGAGUUUGCCAAUACUGGCUGAGCGGAGAUCAACCUCUUACCACAGCCUGGCAUCCGAGGACGCACCCUCUCACCUCCAGCACCAGCCUCUCUACCUGCCUGGACGAAUAUUGCACAUAGUGGAGGAGAGCACCACAGGGAGGUCCUGUUUUUCUCAGUUGAAGUAUCGUGCCGUGUGGUCGAGUGAAGCGUCAUUUUGCAGUGUUCUCAUCGGCCCCAAGAUGAUCGCGGAUCACAUGCCUGAUCUUGUCCUCAAAGCUCUGAACAGCCUGACACAAGACAGCCCAUUCAUUUUCUGUCCAACGCCUCAAAAUGAUGAAAGCAAUUUAAAUGUGAUAUGAACAGAAACAACACUUUCUGAUGAAUUAUUGUUGUGGAUUCAGGUUUGUAUGUGUUUUUUUUUUGUCAAAAUAUUUAAACUGAAGGGGGAAUCCUAGCCUAAAAUCAGAAUAUUAGGUCUGCUUGUUUGUUGGUAUGCCUUCAUCUAUACAUUUUAUAAUACAAUUGAUUGAUACGAA